UGCUGCUGGCUGUGAACAGGAUGCUGUCAGGCCGAACAGACACCGACCUAACGGAUACAAACCGCAGCAGCAUCUUUUAUUUUCUUCAGCUGGACAUUAAGCUGUGACACCCACUGACAACCUGCAGCACCUGGAGGAGGAGGGGGAGGUGUCUAGUUCCAACAGCUAAUAACAAAGCUUGGAACACAGAAGUAGCCAAUAGGCUGAAUCCAGACUGCUGUGCUAGCCCAUGGGAGAGCUCCAAACCAAUAGUGUGGCAAGCUGAAAUGAGAGCUGAAGCGAGGGUGGAGAAGCAGUGCGGGUUGAUCUUUCCUUUCCCCACAUCCUCUGCUUUUCCUUCAGUCCUGUGGAAGCACUCAUCCACACCACUGCACUGAAACACUCUUGUCACUCUUUUCCAUUCUGUCACUGCACUGGUUCUUUAAUUUUCCAUCCAUCUAUCUUCCUCUUGCUUAGUUCAGUAGACCAUCACAAACCAGAAGAGACCUCCCAGUAAAUACCUCCUAGUAUUAUUUGACUAUAGUUAUCAGCCCCAGCCCCUGCCCAGUGUCAGACUCAGUCUCACAGGGUCCCUCAGACGAUGUGGAGGGCCAGGGGGUUUCUCUCUUUCUAGGCUUUCUCCUCUCCACCUUGUGUCUUCAUGUUUUGGGGGUCCUCCAGUGCCCCCACCCUCUGUCGACCCCCCCACACCUUCUGCCACCACGGCCGGCCACCCCAAUCGCCUCGUUGCCAUGCCGACAGAGACACUGGCCCCAGCCCUGCCAGAUAGCAAGGCCGCUGGCCCUGCAACACCCUUCAGUUCCACUGUACCCCUCCGCAUCCUUAACAAGGGCCCUGACUACUUCAGAAGACAGGUUGAACCUAACCCAAAGCGCCUCAGUGCUGUUGAGAGACUAGAAGCUGACAAGGCAAAGUAUGUCAAGAGCCAGGAGGUAAUCAACGCCAAGCAAGAGCCAAUCAAACCACCUGUUCUGGCCAAGCCUCCCGUAGGCCAUACCCUUCUGUCCAAGAUGGGCUCUGGGAUUGGUGGAGGAGGAAAUGGAGGGGGGAUGCCUUUCAAACCGUCCAAUAACAACGCCAAGUCAGACACGUGUGCAGCAAGCAGCAGCAGCAAACGGGAAAAUUUAAACCUGGAGAUCCUAAAAAACCUCCUGAAUUCAUCUUCCUCUUCAGGAGCAGGUUCUGAAGGGCUUGGGGGUGGAGCUAAGAGUGCUGUGCUGAUGAGGUCAUCAGGGGGCAUGGCCAGGAGUUGGACACCAUCAGGGAUGCCAUUAACCUAUCGAUCCACAAUGACACUCAAUGAGCAACCACCAGACUCUGCUCAGAGUCCAAGCACAUCACACUCCCUGCGAUCCUUCUCCCAUUCCUUGAAGGUCCCUCCAGUCAACAGCGGGGGACGUCGCAGUCCGCAGUCAGGAGGAAAUCUCAACCUCAGCAGACGGGUGCUGGAUGAGAGAGGAGGUGAAGGAGGAGCUAUGGAUCCCUCCCACUCCCCACUCUUGCCUCUGCUCACCUCCCACUCCUCUUCUGACCUCCUGCGACUCUGCAAUGGCAAGCCGCUGCGUACGGCCCGAUCCAGCAGUUCCUCAGCUCCUCCUCUACCCCCAAAACCAAACCCUGCUUCCCUUCCUCCUCCUGCCCUCUCAUUGGCGCUGCAUCCUCCUUGUCCAACUCUGUCCCCCGCAGCCUGUGACAACACCACCCCUCAGUCACUAUCAUGUGAUUUUGGAGAUCCUUCAACUGAUCCCAACCUUGAGCUAGAGCUUGGAUCAUCGGUGGCUCGCCGCUCCUCGCUACAUAGGUCUAAAUCGGACCUGUCAGACCGGUAUGCCCGGGCAGGAGCUGACGUGGAACGCUUCUUUAAUUACUGCGGCCUUGACCCAGAGGAGCUGGAGGCAGUUGGCCCAGAGAACUUUGCACGGGCCAACUCCGACAUUGUCAGCCUGAACUUCCGAUCAGCUUCCAUGAUCUCCUCUGACUGCGACCGAUCACGGCGAUCCUCCAAUGAUGGGCUAUCAGACGGGGAAGAGGGUGAGGAUGAGGAGGAGGCCGGGGAGCGAGUUCCAUAUGGCAUUUCGGCUGUGGAGCGGAAUGCAAGAGUCAUCAAGUGGCUGUACAGCAUCAAACAGGCGAGAGAGACACAAAAAGUCUCACAUGUUUAGGAGAGGCACUACAGUGGAUUGGAUGUACUAUAAAUUACAGACAAACUGCCCCAUGUUUCAGAAUUGAUAGAUGGACCAGAAUUUCAAACAGGUUUAGAGACUGAGAUCUUGAAAUCUUUAAUUUUGUCAAAAUGUGUAGAUGGAUGGAAGAGAAAGUCUGACAAGGGUUAGGGUUAGGGUUAGGCUGACAUGAAUUCGAUAAGAAAACAGACAUAUAUCCUCCUAGGUUUAUAACAAAUAGAACACAAAGAACAGAAAGGAAUAAAAUGUGUACAGUCAUGAACAAAAUGUUUAUCAAAAUCAGUCUGGACAGACAAACAAACACAGGACGUAUGAAAACUAACUAGUUGAUAAAAAAAUUUCUCUAUGGGCACUGUAUAAACCAACAGACAAAGUCUGCCCAUUUGCUUGAGCAACAGGAACAAGAGCAAAAUGCACUAUGAUUGUCCAAGGACCCAUGAUGUGGCUGCUCCACUACGAGGGGGCCUUUCUCAUAGAGGACAUUUUCAUUUGUCAAAAAUACAUUUGACUAGCAUUCCAUUUAGGUAUAGCUUGGUUAGGUAUAGCUUUGAUUCACCUCCCACUUCUCUGAUUACUCCAACAAUUCAGAUAGGUCUGAUGGGCUCAUUGAUGGCUAAUUCCCCAGUUUGAGAAACAGUCAACCAAUCAGAGCUAUGUUGGUGGGAUUAAAAAUGUGGGCACCAUAGCUACUUCUGUGAAAAAAAUAGCAACAUAAAAAUCACAACAAAAAUGGCAACAGGUGACUUCAGAUUUGUUGUUGUGGAAAUGUAAGCCUGUUUAAAGCAUUAUUUUUUUCUCCAUCUAUGGUGUUGAAUCCAAAAUGUUUCCUCACAUUACUUCUCAGGUGAUUCGUUCAACACGGCUUGCUAGUUUCCUACGUUUCAUGAAGAACUUUACUAAAGUUUCAACUUUACUAAUAGGACAACAGGCCAGCAAUCAAUCAAAGUGAACACCCCCCGCUGGAGUACUAGUAAAUAGAAAUUGCUAACAUGAAUAUGAUGUCAGACUGAAACUGAAUAAAUGAAGUGAAACAAAAUGUUAUUUCAAUCUGAGUAUUAGGCUAAUUUAGGUGUCCUAGGUCCAUACUUUUAGUAUUGUUCAUGCUGGCUCACUGGCAUGGCUUACUAGCUUACGUGAAAUGAAACACAGCCAUCACUGACAUCAUUAGUUCUGCCUGUGCUUUUCCUGCUAUUACAAGUGAAAAUGUCCACUUUGACAAAAGCCAAUGUCACAGUGUUGAUGUCUCCAUUUAAAAAAAACUUUGGUUUGGUCCUGACAUUGUUACAAAACAGAUACUGAACUCUGUCGAAAUUUAGAAUUCACUCUGGAAAGUCAAAGAUGCUGGUACACUGUGCAACCAUAAUUAGUUACUUGAUAUUUGUUAUAGGUGACUGUUAGGAGGAAUAAUAGAUCAAUUCAGCACCAACUUAAUGGGCUACAAAUACUCAUUAGGUUGAUAAUGAAUCAAAUAGUUCACUAUGACAUUUGAAAAUGUUAAGAAACUCAUGAAACACAGAUUGUGGUCAACUAGCUUUCACUAAGCUUCAGUUAAACUAGAUUUUGUAAUCACUUAAUAAAGGCCUUGGAGUGUGUGAUGACUGAGUGAAACGGAGGACACAGAGUGGUUCGGACAGAUGCACACAUAAAAUAAAAUAUAUUCUCUCUAGCUUACUCAUCCACACAACAUUAAGGUUACAUUGGCAUACCAUUUAGCUGAUAUAUUAGGUCAAUGUCGGCCUUUUAUGAAGAAAUAUAUCAACAACCUGUUCAUGUCAGCAAAUAUUUCACAGCAGAAUUUCUGUGCUCUGUAUUUUUUUUUGUUUAAUUCAGAGGCUGUUCCACCCAGACCAGAAUUUUUCAAGAAUAUUCAAAGUAUAUUCAAAUAUCAAAUACAUGUCAAUUUUUGGCAUUAAAAUAGUCAAAUUUGGGAAAAUGUUCAAAGUUACAAAAUAUUGUCAUAGAAUAUUAGAUAUCAUUAAAGGUGCUGUCUGAUGGUGCUUUACACCUAACAUGUUUUGUAUGGUUCAACUGAACUGAACAACUUAAUUUGUUCAGGCUGUUGUGAAUGCUGUCAUUAGAACACUGCUGCUUCCAAGAUUUGAUAUGAAUUUAGAAGCUAAAUUAAUUUACACAAUACAUACCUUUUCAGGUCCACACAGCUUUAAGCUGUAUAAGCAAGUAAGCUGUCUGUUCCUUUACAACAUUCAACAUUUGGAAGGACCCUUUGCUGUUAAGUUUGUAUGCCACUCGCUAACUUUAGCAUUUAUUCCCACUAGACAUUACUAGUCAUUCAUGUUUUUCAACACCUGAGUCAUUGGCAGCUCCUGCACACUUAGUUCUGUGUUUGUCCUGCACUAUAGAAAGGAAGGGGUCUAACUAACAUUAGUGUAAGCUGGAUUUGUGGUUUACCUUAAGACACAUGUAAAUGUCUCUGUGAACCUGUGCAGAGAAGGGUGUUAUGGGUAACCAUUAAAUUGCAAAGGAACACGAAUGUCCAAAUCCCAAAAAUGCAUAGUCCAGGCCUGCGCGUCAUGCUAGCUGGUUGCUGGAUUCAGUUGUUGUCAGGAGGCAGGACCGAAAGGGGCUGCAAACAAGUAUGAAAGACACGGCCAAACAAAUGUCUCAGAGCAACCCCGUGCACUUUCAUUUAUGUGCAGCCAGGAGAAACAUAAUUCCACCUUUAGUCCCACUCAUAACCUCAGAACUCUGUAUGUUAUUCUGUGAUUUGGUCACAGCGUUCCUUAUGCAAACUUCAGGGGAAAAUAUUGUAUCAUUACACUCAGACAAUAGAUAUUUGUGAGAUCACAAAAAUACAUUUUAAAAUUUAACUUACUGCUGGAUAACAUGUAAAAUGUGAAGUUUUUACCAUACCCCCAAAGUUUGCCUUAGGAACAUUUAUUUGACAAACUCAUUUAGUGUGGAGUAGUGGAUGGAGUGCAGUCACAAAUGGGGAUAGCAUCGACCAUCUCUCUUAAAUGGGUCCAAAUGUGGUGAUUGCAAAUGACUAGAAUGUCAAAACUCAUGACAACGGUUAGUUUAUCCCAGAUCAUUUGGCAUGGGAACACAUACAGACUUCAGCACUUGAGUGUAUGAUACAUCAGAAAAGGGGUUUAAGCAGUGUGCUUGUGCCCUACUCUAUGUAUUUUAGCAGUUUGUUAUUAAAAAGCUUGUGAAAUGUA